UCCUUCACGACUUCGAAUAUAAAAAUCGUUUUAUUUCGUUUGAUAAAAAAAAAUACCCGUAUUUUUGUCAUUCGCUCGUCAAUAGUCAGUCAGUGUAGAGUCAGUGGGACGUGUUAAUCGUUAAGGCCAGAUUUACUUGUGUUUACAGCUAUGAACUACAAGAUUUUCUUUUAUUGCGUAAUACUCACACUCCGCACAGCCUACACGACCAAUGCACACGAACACAGCCAUGAUUAUGGAGAAGAAUAUGAAAACACGUUAUUCGAUGAAGAAUUCACGAAGAACGAUGACGCUGUCACGAAGCAACCAAAUGGUUAUGAUAUAACAGAACAAAUUGAUGAUAUUCCUGACACCAGAACUAAAGGACCAAUCGUACCUAACUAUACUAUAAGGAAGAAACUUAAUACAGUUCCACAAUCUGUAACAACACCUAAAAUUGACGAAGCAAAUAAAAAUAAAGAGGAUAAAAUUAAAAAUAAUAACAAUAAUAAUGAAAAAGUUUCAAACACAUUCCUACCGAUAAUUAGAGAAUACUUCACUAGUCUAAAGAAAGGUAUAGUCGAUGGGUUUAACAGUAUAAUUCGAAAGAGAAAUUAUGAUUACAGUAUUGAUAGUCGCCCAGAAUCAUCUUUUUCCUAUACUGAUAAAGUAGAUAAGAGCUUUUCACAUUUCGCUCAAAAGUUCUAUAACGCGAUAUCAAGGAGACGAGAAGAUGUAUUUUAGAAUUUAACUUACUUUGUAUGUUGCAUAAUUCUUGUUUUUUUUUCUAGAUGUCCGUAGUCUGUGUUUAUUUCAUUAGUCAUAGUAAAUAAUAUAUUUAAUAGUAAAUAAAAUUGUGAUUAGUAAAA